ACAACUGGCCUGCGUGGAGUUGCACGGGUGAAGAAUGUCUACCGCUCUCCCGCUUGUAAGUGCUGACAGAUCAAGGCAACAAAAUUCAAUUACCAGCCCUAAUUGCGCUCAGAGUCCACCCGCAGCGUGCCGAGUCCAUGUCACUCCAUCUGGCCCAGUGGACGAGACGGAACACCCCAUUUUUCUCUCUCUGUCCCCCUCUCUCUGUCCCUCUCUCUCUCUCCCUCAUACUAUCUCUCUCUCUCUCUCUCCCUCUCUCUCUCUCUCCCUCUCUCUCACCCCUCGCCCCCCCUCUCUCGCUCUCUCUCUCUCUCUCUCUCACCCCCUCUCUCAAAUCCCACUGAUAUUUUUUCCCAGCAAUAACCUGCACGCUGGAUACCGUCUGGGAGUUUGGAGAAAAGCUACUUUUUGAGAGGGAGGGGACAAAAAACAACAACAACUGUCUUCCACACACACACACACACACUUACACACGCUUACACCAGAGCCCGGCGUGGAAUGGCUGAGAAAAGGAGAUCGCCGUCUACAAUGAGUUUGAAAGCCCACGCUUUUUCGGUGGAAGCGCUGAUCGGAGCGGAAAAGAAGAGGAAACUGGAGGAUCACUGCGUGAACGGCGUUGAGAUGAAAGAUGUAGCAGCCAGCCAGGCCGUGAACGCGUCGAGUAAGGACAGGGGCUCGGACGAGGAAAGGAACUACGGCACCGAAUACAGCGAGAGAUCGGUUGUAAACUGUGACAACGCCUUGGAGCCUCCGUCGCCGCCGGUAGCCACCAAAGCCUAUGUACCGCCAAAGUGCAGCACUUCUCGGGAGGAUAUCCACGCCGACCUUCAAGGUGCUGACCUGUGGAAGAGGUUUCACGACAUCGGCACCGAGAUGAUCAUCACCAAGGCUGGAAGGCGGAUGUUUCCAGCUAUGCGAGUGAAGAUCUCUGGCCUGGAUCCACAUCAGCAGUAUUAUAUCGCCAUGGACAUCAUUCCAGUGGAUAAUAAGCGCUACAGAUACGUGUACCACAGUUCUAAAUGGAUGGUAGCCGGCAACGCGGAUUCCCCUGUUCCUCCUCGGGUUUACAUCCAUCCUGACUCUCCAGCCUCGGGAGACACCUGGAUGCGGCAGGUGAUCAGCUUCGACAAACUCAAACUCACCAACAACGAGCUGGAUGACCAGGGACAUAUAAUUUUACAUUCGAUGCACAAGUACCAGCCCAGGGUACACAUCAUUCGGAAGGAGUGUGGAGAGGAAUUGUCUCCUGUCAAGCCAAUUCCUAGAGGAGACGGGGUGAAACAUUUUUCCUUCUCCGAGACCGUCUUCACCACAGUGACCGCCUACCAAAACCAACAGAUAACCAGACUGAAGAUCGACCGAAAUCCCUUUGCAAAAGGGUUCCGCGAUUCGGGACGAAACAGAAUGGGUUUAGAAGCGAUUGUGGAAUCCUACGCUUUCUGGAGACCUUCUUUGCGCACCCUCAGCUUUGAAGACAUACCUGGAAUUCAGAAACAAGGUGGAACAUUGCCUUCAUCUGCCCAUCAGAGCCUGGGGAAUGGUCCUCCAACACACCGUCUGCCCGGCUCUUCCUGUCCAUCCCCUGCUUUCCAUCUGGCCCAGAACAGUGGGCAGCUGUGCAACCUGAGCCCGACGGACUUUGCCACCUGCAACCGCACCGGCCUGGCCUUCAACCGCUACAGCAGCAGCCUCGCCGAGACUUACAACCGCCUCGCCAACCCCAGCACCGAGACGUUUGGCGCCCAGAGGACGCCGUCCUACAUCGGCGUGGCCAACACCGGCAGUGUGAACAUGUCAAUAGCCGGCAGCGACGGAGACGCGUUCAACUGCCACCAGGCCGGUUUACCCGUGCCCAUCUCCGGGAUCUCAUCUCCGCAGCUCCAGUACAUCAUGCCUUCCCCGUCAAACAACGCUUUCACCGCUAACCAGGCCCACCAGGGGUCCUACAGUACUUUCAGACUGCACAGCCCGUACGGUUUGUACGGGUAUAACUUCUCCACCUCCCCCAGGCUGGCAGCCAGCCCUGAGAAGAUCAUCUCUGCCCAAGGAGGUUUCCUGGGUUCAUCUCCCAGCGGAACCAUGACCGACCGACAGGUCUUGCCCACUGUGGACGGGAUGCACAUUCUCAACGGCAGCCAGCAAAAUAUGUUCGACGCAAGGUCCUUAGGGAACUUGACAGCCUCAUCGUCCCAGAUCCCAGCACAUUUAGUUUGAGAGGGUGACUGCAUUGGGUGAAACGCGUGCUGUAACUCAUGAAACAUCCAUUGGAGAUUCUUCCGUUCAUCGACACUUUCGCCGUUAUGAAAUACGUUUCUCAACAGUGUCAGUAACAGGACCUGUACUGAACAUCUGGAGAGUGGAACAACUUUGGACUUUGCAUCUGCUGAAGUGGUUUGUUCCCGUAGCACAUAUGUUGUUUUGGGCGAUAAGGGACUUCAACUGUGCUUCCAGAACGGAUUCAAAGGACUAAGGGACACUUGACGUGCAAAAGAAGGGCACUUGCUUUCAAAAAUCAUUAUCUGUAUCUUGUAUAUUAUUGUCUGCUUUUGAGUUGGCUAUUGAAUUCUCUGACUCGGGCAGAGCUAAUGGAUUUGGUUAUAAUGUGAAGUUGAUCAAGACCCUUGGAUGCAACUUGGAUGUACAACAAUGAAUCUCUUUCAACAUUCAACCUCACAUGAACUUACAAGCACCAUUCUUUGGCCCAUCUGGUGGCUUUUCCUUCCUCGCCUUCAGCUUUCUGUUCCAAGGCCCUGAGAUUGUUGACCUGGAGUAGCAUGCGGGUCUUAUCUAAUUGGAUCAUUUGAGGUCUUGGCCAAGGAGCUUUUGGUUUUCCAUGAGUCUAAACUGUGAUUGCGAAUAGACUGCCAAAACAAUGGGUAUCACCACAGCUAAAGCUGAUCCUGUCUGAACCUAAUGGUCGCACAAGUGCACUUUUCAUAGGAUAAUGUGUACAGCCACAUGUAUGCAAGCAAUAUUACAUGGAUGGUCUCUCCUGCUUUACAACAUUGAGUGCAACAGUUUUCCCCCACACUCCAAAGACGUACAGGUUUGAGGGUUAAUUGGCUUUGGUGAAGAUUGUAAAUUGUCCCCAGUGUGUGUAGGAUAGCGUUAGUGUGUGGGGAUUGUUGGUCGGCAUGGACUCGGUGAGCAGAAGGGCCUGUUUCCGCGCUGUAUCUCUAAACUAAACUAAAUUAGCCAUUAAUUAAGACACUCGAUACAGGUAGAGAUCAUUCCACCAGUAUUCUUAGAUUAAUCUUCAUAACAUCCAUGCAGUUAAACUGAACUAAUAAUCAAUUUCUUCCUCCUUUUCAUGCCUUUAAAAUCAUUUGUUGUUUUAAAAAGUCGGCCCAUUUAAAGCCUUUAUAAUUACCAUUAAAAAUGCCAAUCAUCAUACUAAGUUAUAAGGCUAAAACCAAACCAAUGAUAUAUGCAAUUUAACAUGAAAUGCCCCGCAAAAUGUAGAAAGCAAAUUUAUAAUUCAGGACUAUAAGAAGAUGCUUGCCUUUUUAUGGCAACAAAAUAAAAGCAAUUUUUAUGCGGGGUGAAAUAAUUAAUUCUUUCUCUGCUUUUGGUUCAUGAUUGUCUUUGAAAAUAAUCAGAGCACCAAUUUAAGAGAUAAUUAUUUCUGCAAUCUUUCUUAUCGUAUGGAACAGAAAUAUAGGUUAAUGUGAUGCAAUCCAAAGCUAUGACUGCAUUAAGGAAUCUUAUGUACUUAGAAUUUCUG